AUGUCUCCCGGAAGUUCGGUGAACUCGACGCUCGCCUGGAUGAACUAUGUAUUAGAAUCGAUGACAAUGACGCCGAGGUCAACGUUAAGUUCUCAAAGUUUCAAUCCUCCGUUAAUCAGGACCUCAUUGCCAUACAAAACGAAAAUUCCCAACAACAACAGCGGACCCAAGGAUUCCAAAAAUGUGCAACCAAUUCCCAACGCGCGCUUAGUGACACCAUCAGAGCCCUCGGAGAUAGGAUCAGCCUUGUCGAAGGUCAAAGUGCCAGGCUAG